GUCGGUAAAUAUGCAUUUAAAUGUGUCACAAACAGACAUUAUUUCAGUUGAUGGGAGCGGUCCACUUCUUUGACGAACAAUGUUGUGUAUCGGAGUCUGGUGAAAAUUAGGUGGUAAUUGAUUCCACACAGUUCCAUCUUUAGCGACGAAAGUGUUUGAGGAUGAUGGUUCGAUUGGAUCUUGAUUUUUGCUAACAUCGCUAUCAUCACUGCUUUCUUCUUCUCCGUUUGUCUCGAUUUCUAGUUUGUCUAAAAAUAAAUUUCUCAUUCAUAAUAUUACAUAAAUAUCGUAUAAUUUAUAUUAUAUAUAAUUUAUUGGAAAUUUAACAGACAAAUUUUUAAGCAUACUAUUAAAAUCAACAUCUGAAAUUUCUUCUAAUUGAUUCGCCGAUUAUGGUAUCCAUUCGUCAUCUUCGCUAUCGGAAUAAUUACUGUCGUCCGAAAAAGACAUAUUUUCAAUAGUUUCCAUAUUUUUUUAUUGUAUAAUUUUCUCUUUUUAAUGCUCAAUCUAUAAAAACAAUAUAUCUUUUUAUUCCGUAAUACUAAUUAAUAAUUUUUCAUACAUAUUACGCUUACCUGUUGUAACGUUUUGUUGUCACUUUAUUUAUAUUUGUUAUAUUAUUUAUAACAAAUAUGAUAUAACACCAAAUUUAAUAGCACCAAAAUAAAUACUAAAAUAUAAUAUAUUCUGCUGUAAUUAUUCGAGCGCAUCAAACUUCCUAACGCCUUUUCGAACAAACGUUUUAAGACUGAGCGACACGACCAGGCGCGACUAUACACACGUUAAAACAAGUUUCGACAGGCAAGACAGGGAAUGGGAGCCCUAACGGCUGCGCAUUCUAUUGUUCGAAAACGCGGGAAGCCAGAAAGGAAGGCCAAGAACCCAUUUACAGACUUUUUCUAUCUGCAAUGUAAGAAAUUCUAUAGUGGGUACCCGGGUACCCUGGUUGGUCAGAUAGCGUGCAACUUUUGGUUGGUCAAUUGAAGGUUAACUUAAAGAAAGUAUUUCUCUGUUAUUUCAUAUAAAUUUAAUUUACUAAUAAAAUAUAUUAAAAAUUUAUUUCUUAAUCCAUAUUAUAAUUUGAGUAAUCUACUUAAAAAAAUUAUCACUUUCUAAUUUAAUAUAAAUAAUACUUUUCAUUCAACUUAAUUUAAUCUUAAUGUAAUUUUUAACUGAAAUUGAGUCUUCCUGUUCGUAUAAAUUUAACGUAACUAAAUUUAUUUUAAGCUAUUAACUUUAAUUUAAUUUAAAACUAAUUAACUUAUAAAUAUUGUCUUCAAAUAAUAUUUUGUUCCUAAAUUACGAAAAAAUUUUAAUAAACUCGAGAAGAUUACCAAUUCUCUAAAUAGUAACAAAUAACAGAUUGUCGUUACGUAUAAAGAGUUGAAUUUACACGAAACGCACUGAGGGUAAAUAAAUUUCAUGAUGGCGCAGGUACCUCUGCUACAUAACGUUUAUAAAAUAAUUUUAAAAAUCUCCAUUAAGCGCAGGAAGUGUUAAUAUAUACGAUCAGAGAAAAUUAUUUAUAAAGACAUUCCGAAGAUAGCAUCGGGAACGUAUUUCCAUCACACGCGAACUUUGAAAAUAUCGGCAAGCUAACGUAAACAUGGCACUCCUUAAUAAUGUUCAAACUUAUCUUGAACACGUAAGUUCUCUCUUUCGCGAAGUUGGAGGAGAAGAGAUCGUGAACUUGACAUAUUGCGAGCACAUACUGCAACCUCUACUUAUCGUCAAGUAGCCUCGUGCGGCUACUAGCUUUAGCAAACUUUCCUUUUCUUUUUUUAGAAAUUUCAUAUUAAAUCUAAAAAGCAGUCACGCGCAAAACAGUUUACUAUAUUUCUAUACGUACACGUACAAAUAAAAAUCUUCUUUCUAAAAUAUAUUUAGAGGGCGCGAUUAUUAAUCGAUAACCAACGAUUGGAAAUGUGAAUUAAAAAUGUGAUUGAAGAUGUGACUUAAGAAAUCUUAAUUGCCAACCAACAAACUUUACAAAACUGUACUUUUGACAACUGCUCGAAAAAAAUCGAGAUGAUUAUUUUUGAAAAAGGAAAGACCGACAGUGCUGACGAUUCGUCAAUGGAUGAAUAUGUGCCUGUGUUUUCAAUUUGAAAGAGUUCGUGUGAGAAUCUGUCGAGGCGAGCACAAGGCCGACGACAUCCAGAAUUAAGAAAGCGAAAAGAAAUGCAUAUCCGGUCGCAACAGCUGGGCGCUCGCGGAGUCUCCAUGGACAUGAAGAUAUCACGGGCGGCUCAGGAAGACUCCACGUUUCCUAAUUUGGAAAAUAUGGCCCGCUUCCAGCAGAAGCAGCUGCAGGAGAAGGAGCAGAAGCUGCUACAGUUGUACGAUCAGCAGCAGCAGCGGGCCUACCAGGUGGUGCAGCGGGGUAGCGCGGGUUCCAGAGGCUCGAACGGUUCCAACACGGUCAGAAGCACGACGACGUCGACGACGACAGCGACGACGACCCACACGUCCUCGACCUCGCAAGGUGGUAAGGUGAGGCAAAUGUUCGACGAAAGGCGACAGACUACCGUGAAGGGAAUCGACAGGAGCUACCCGCUGGAACCGCUCGAGAACAAGCUGCGAAAGCAAGCAAAUACAAACGGUCUAGCAACGCAGAAGAACGGUAAUGUGACGGUGAAUCGGCAGUCCAUGAAACGCGUGGCGCGCGCGGACGUCAACAGCAAUAUUAACGGUGGCAAGCCCGUCGUUUCUUACCACGAAGAGAUCACUCGCGAAUCAUUCGGACCGUCCAUGCGUCGUCACAUCGACGACGAGGACGAGUAUGUUCUUGAGAAUCGCGUCGCCACGUUCGGAAAUGGUUAUUACCGUCACGAAGAUGACAAUGAGCAAGAAGAAAUGUUAGACCAGGAGACGAUGGAGAGAAAUCGCAUGAUGGCGAAGAUCCAUCUGAUGGGAUUCGACGAGACUCUUAAGCAUCGUGUGAGAAACGAUUUGGAGGGUGAGGAAUUUCCAGAAUAUCUUAUGGUGGAUGCCCCCGACAAGCUCUCGAAGAGGAACGUCACGAAGAAAUUGUCUCAGGCGGAAGAGCGACUCGAACGAUUCAAGAACACGAACGCGAAAAGAAGUAACAUGUCGAAACAGUCGACUUCGACAAGGAAGCGAUCGGAACAAGUGAUUCCGACAAAAUCGAAUUCCAGACCAUGGAGCGAGAUAGCCGGGACUUCCCCGAUCAGCGCGAGAAGCGGAAGUAGCCGCGGGACCUCAGAGAGCAGACAAAGGAUUCUCGAAAAUGCAAAAAGUCCGCCGUCGUUCAGAACCCGCGUGGUCGACGAAAUGCACGCGAGACAAAGGGAAGGUUCGGACACCGAGACAUUCAGUCAACGCACGAGUCCGCGAAGCUUCGCGACGAGAGACGUUACAAAGGCGGAAGCCAUUUCGCGAAUUUAUCCCAGGAAUAAUGAAUUCAAGUCAUUAACGUCCGAUGGAAAAAUAAUUGUGAGACGCAGCGCAAGUCCGCAGUUCUUUUGUAGAGAGUCCGAAAGAUCUGGCACGACUAUGAGCAUCGAUCGGAGAUCCGAUUCGUCCGGAUCGCCGUUACUUCAUCGGGAAACGUUAACGGAACAAAGAAGAAUUUCACCAUUUUUCCUCAAUGAAUCUCGCAGAACAAGCGAGCCUAAGUCACCAAUAUGGGGUAACACAAGAAUUUGGUCAAGACAAAACGUGACUCCACUGUUCGACGAGAAGAUAUUUAAGAGACGAGGCACCAGUCCGCAAUUCUUCUGCAGAGAAUCCGAACGAUCCGCGACGACUAUGAGCAUCGAUCGCGCGGCUGGCGAAUCCAAGUCACCGUCAUAUGGUUGGGAAAUGGUAAAAAAGCGAAGCGCAAGCCCGCGUUUCCUUCUCAACGAAUUUAAAUCGCCAACAUGGAAUGACGGAGGAAUUUUGUCGAGACAAAGCGCGAGCCAGCAAUAUCUCCGUCGUGAAUACAAAGGAGCCGAGACGGCCACGAGUACUGAUAGAGAAACUGUCGGAUCCAAAGCAUCCGAGUGGAGCAAGGGAACAGAGCGAAACAUGAUCGAUUUCGAGCGGAAGAAAGUCCAAACAAAUACAAGUCUCGAUCGACAAUCUCCUCCAUCUAAAUCGCCACUGUACGACGAGAAGAUAUUAAAACGGCGAAGUACCAGUCCGCAGUUCUUCUGCAGAGAAUCCGAACGGUCUGCCACGACUAUGAGUAUCGAUCGUGUAACUGGUGAAUCUAAAUCACCGCCAUACGAUUGGAGGAUAGCAACAAAGCGAGGCACAAGUCCGCGAUUCUUCCUGAAUGAGUCCAAGUCACCGAUAUGGAACAAAAAAAUUUCAUCAAGACAAAGCACGAGUCCGCGAUACCUCCAUCGUGAAUCCAAACGAUCCGAGACAGCUACGAGUACCGAUCGGAAAACUAUCGAGUCCAAAUUAUCCGAAUGGAACAAAGGAAUGUUAACAAAGCAAGGUAUGGCCGAUUUCGAACGGCAGAAAGUCCAAACAGGUACGAGUCUCGGUCGACAAUCUCCUCUUUCCAAAUCGCCACUGUACGAAGAAAAAAUAUUAAAACGGCGCAGCACCAGUCCGCAGUUCUUCUGCAGAGAAUCCGAACGAUCCGCCACGACUAUGAGCGUCGAUCGUGCGACUAGCGAAUCUAAAUCACCAUCAUAUGAUCGAGAAACAGUAACAAAGCGAAGUACACGUCCGCGUUUUCUUCUCAGCGACUCUGAACAAUCUCGCAGAACGAGCGAGUCCAAGUCACCAAUAUGGAGUGACAGAAGAAUUUCGUCAAGACAAAGCACGAGUCCGCAAUAUUUCAGUCGUGAAUUCAAACGAUCUGGGACAGCUACGAGUACGGAUCGAGAGACUAUCGCAUCCAAAUCAUCCGAGUGGAGCAAGGGAGCAUCGACAAAGCGAAGUACGACCGAUUUCGAACGAAAGAAAGUCCAAACGAGUACGAGUCUCGGUCGACAAGCUCUUCCAUCUAAAUCGGCAUUGUAUGAACAGAAAAUGUUAAGAAGGAGAAGCACCAGUCCGCAGUUCUUCUGCAGAGAAUCCGAACGAUCCGCGACGACUAUGAGCAUUGAUCGUGCGACUAGCGAAUCUAAAUCACCGUCAUACGAUCGGGAAAUAGUAACGAAGCGAGACGCAAGUCCGCGAUUCUUUCUCAGUGACUCUGAACAAUCUCGCAGAACGAGUGAGUCCAAAUCACCGAUAUGGGACAGAGGAACUUCGCCAAGACAAAGCACGAGUCCGCAAUACUUCACUCGUGAGUUCAAACGAUCCGAGACGGCUACGAGUACCGAUAGAGAAACUGCCGAAUCCAAAUCGUCCGAGUGGAGCAAGCGAAACACAAGUCCGCGAUUCUUUUGCAGAGAAUCCGAACGAUCUGGCACAACUAUGAGCAUUGAUCGCAAAGUUGGUGAACCUAGAUCGUCGAUCUGGUAUGAUCAGAAAGUAUUGACGAAGCGAAGCGCAGCUCCACGAUUGAACGGAAAAGCCGAGCGCCGAUCCGCAAGCACUAGGACGUCCGUCGACCGGAAAUACAAUGAAGUCACAUCGCGUGGAAUUACGCGGGACAAGCGUUCCACGAGUCCGCAAUUUUUCUGCAAAGAGUCCGAAAGAUCUGCUACAACGACGUUGAUCGAACCAAGAUCGAGACCAGCAAGCUCCACCAAAAAUAUAUUGAAGCAGCGCAAUUAUGCGUCAGAUACUUCCUACAGGCAAUCUGUAAAAUCUCCAAUUCACAAAAAGAUCGGUUCUACGAAAUACAGACACACUCCAAGUCCUCCGGUUACUAGGCACGAAGUGAAAAGAGCUUCGAAAAAGGACAGAGUCACCAGCAGUGUGACAGGAGCUCGCAGAUCGUCGAAAAUCUCGGAGAUCUCCACGACGUCGGCCAGUUCGAUCGUAAACCUCAAAUACGGUUUAGAAUUCGAUGACAUUUUCCAAUCAGUAGGACUCGUCCGUAAACUUAUGAAGUCCCAAAACGGGAAACAGCGCGCGAUUCGUCAAUCGCCUUCGAAACGCAGCACUUACAAGGACGUGAAUGCUCGAAUCUCCGCGAGAGGUAAUCAAUCGAGAAAUCGACAUGAAACUUCACCGCCCUUCCAAACAGCGAGAUCGCCGACUGUCAAAGGCGGGAAGAGAGCUACGCCGGAAUUCCCUCGCAAAAGUAUCACACCGACAGAAGUUGACAUGGACAUUCAAGAGAUUACUAUGACGGAUCAUCGUAUUGAGCGCGACAAGCUGCAAAAAGCGUCGAGCCCAAUACCGAAGCGGGAGUGUGAUGGAACGUACAUGAAAUCGUCCAGCGGUAAAGCGAAAUUCAAAACUUCGAUCACUUAUCCUGUUCGCAAAACGCGUGGACAGAGAGAGUCCGUUUUAGGAUCAAAGGAUUUCAAGUCGGAGGCAGAUGCCUCCGAAAGUAGAGUUGGCAGCCGGAGAGCGACGUCUCCUGAUUUUUCUAGAGUAGGAAAAUAUCCCGACACGAUCUCGCCGAUUUUAUGCGACGGGACCAAGGGAGCACGCGCGAAAUUCGAUCAACCGCUAAGCUUGCGGUCCGCGCGACUGACGCAGGUCGCCGUAAAGGACGGAAAUUUGUCCGCAAACGAUGAAUGUAAUCGGGAAAGAGGAAGAGACGAGGGUAAAAAUGUGGCGGUAGAUGAGGUUGACGCUGGGACCGGCGUAAAGUAUCAAACGGCAGUCGAAGCCGCUUUGAGCGGAGAGACCAAGGAUUAUCCCAAAAUCGCUCGCCCAAACUCCGCCGAGCAGAUCACAAGCGAAAAGGUCGUUCCCCACGAAACGACGCAGAAGCCGAUGAAGUCGAGUACUUCAAAGAGAACAAUUUCUCCGACGAGAGAAUGUAGCCGGCGACACGACGUGCAGUCUAGAGUUUCACGAGUCUCACCUUUGCGAAAAACGGCAGAAACUUGUCGCAUCUACGCGAAAACUCCUUCGUUCCGGAGUACCGUGUCAAACGCGGAUCAAAUCUCCGCGUCCAAAUUUUCGACGCACCCUGUGAAAGAUCGUGAACGCGACAGUGUACUAGUCGCAAAAAAAUUGGCGGAGUCGUUCGAUAAAGUGAGCGUAAAACGCAAGAGCGAAGAGCCGAGGGACGAGUUUUUCAAAGUGCGACGAUUCGAUACCGUAGGCGCGAAAUUUGAACGUUCGUGCCAGACGAGCUUCCGGACAAUUCCGGGGAUCUCCUUACGAACAAUGGACAGCCAAGCGAAAGCUCCUGUUAAAGUGGCAAUCGCCUCGGAAGGAACAACGGGACCCUCUCGCGAAGUAGCGGAUCAUACGACUUUACGAUCGACGCUAAAAUCUCCAGUCGGCAAAGGUCUGAAAGCUAAAAACGCCGCGUGUAAAAGUGAUUUGAGAAUUCUCCAAAAGGAGACUCGAUUCUCCGGAAAACCAGCGAAAGUCGCAGGCACCAUCGAAAGUAAGAGAUCGGCGAAAAUUCGAUCGCCUACGUGCAAGCGGCGAUUGUUCGAAUUCGAUUCGGAGAAGGGGAUUCACGAAGAGCGCUCAAAGACAAGUUGCGCAAGAGCGCGGAAGGAUGAGAAUUGUUCCUUGGUAAAUUUCCGAGUUCGCGAAGACGAAGCAGUUUCGAGCGUAAGAUCUUUCGAAGGUGUCGACGUUACGAGAGAAUCGGAAGAAACAUCCACGUUUUCGGUGAAACCGUUGCGGUCCAUCGAGAACAUUCGCAAAUCGAUCGAUAACGAACGACACAAGUUAGCCGCUACGGAAGAGUCGAGGUCAGCGAUUGCAAAUCGGCGUUGGGUCUCGCGAGAGGGUGUCGACGCGAGGAGAGGGAGACAUCCCACGACCGAUGCAGCGAAAAACGUGUUUCUCGAUCUCGCGAGGCUGACUAAAAUUAAAUCCUGUGUAUCCAGGAUGACGAAGAGUCCGAGUCCCGAGUCGGCUAUGACAAAGCAGCGUGAAACGAAUUUACGAGCGAGAGGAAGUACUCCUUCGUCUCCCUCAAAAAGUCCUGACGUCGCCUCUAGGCGCACGACUGCAGAAUCGAGGAAUCAAGAAACAAAGUCCUCGAGAAGAACGACGGUCGCAAGAGGCGCGGAUUCGAUUGGAAAUAAAGCGGUCGACAACGCGGACGGUAUCGUUUACCGAAACGAUUCGCCGAAUGAAUCCACGACAAGAAAAUCCGACGCCUUUACGAUCGAUUUCGACGAUCGACCAUCGAGAGAGGAUGACGCGAUACCGUCGAAAAAAUCACCGAUCAAGAAAUCUAACGACAAGCAACAGACAGCUUCCAGUGCAUCAGGUCGGCCGACCUCGUCAAAUUCUAGUGUUAACUUAAUUCAAGAUUCCAGUGCGAAAGGUAGAAUGGCGGAAAAUGAAAGAGCAAAAGGCUUAGGAAAAGGAGGAGGCAAAAAUAAAGGUAAAGGUAUAGAAAAGCCUUCUUCCAGUAAUGGCAAGCUUGCAAACGCGCCAAGUUUCAACGAAGAUGCAACUAAUGACACGAAGGGCCUGGUAAAGUGUAAAAUGUGCGGGCGCAGCUUCGCGCAGAAUCGAAUCAGUCUCCACGAAGAGAUCUGCGUGAAAACGAUGACUAAGAAGAGGAAGCAGUUUGACCCAGUGAUGUCGCGAGUCAAAGGAACCGAACUUGAGCCUUUCGUUAAGAAAGGUCUCUCUAAACGAGAGACAAAAACGAAGAAGCCGGAAACGAAGACAGACUGGCGACGCAAGCACGAGGACUUCAUCAACACGAUCCGCUACGCGCGGGAGACGCAAGCACGUUUGGCGGCGGGUGGAAAUUUGAACGAUCUGCCGCCACCGCCGCCCAGCGAUACCAGUGAUUACGUCGAGUGCGAGCACUGCGGCCGAAAGUUCAAUCGGUCCGCCGCAGAGCGGCACAUUCCCAUUUGCAAGCGUAUGCACGACAAGAAGCAGACGCAAGCGCCGAGGGCGCCGAGACGCUAGAGAGGCAAUGUCGCGACGACACCCAGCCCCUCUCCGCGAAGAAAGAAGAUCAGCCUUGUACUCCCCGAUAAAUUAACAUCUACUUCUUUUUUUCUUUUACCUUCACGCACUCUUCCCUUCGUCCCCUUUCCGCCGAUUCACAAGCGUAACACUUCCCUUCGUGUCGUACGCGAGACGCGAUUCGCUCCAUUUCAAAAUUUUCGCUUGCUUCACGUCUAACUUUUUGUGAAAACUUGUUUUAAAAUGUUUGUAUAAAUUUUGGAAGAAGUUUGUCAGAAAUAUUGAGAAAAUCUACAUCUUUUUUCAAAAUUUUUUAUAUAUGUACAUUCUAAAAUAUUCUGAGAUUCGUAUAAGAAAUUGAGAAAUUUUCUAAAAAAUUAAGUUAUACAGAAAUUCUGAAAACUUUUGAAAUUUAUGUAAAAAUUUUGAAAAAUAAAUGAGAAAAAUUUUUACUAAAGAAAUUUUUUUCUAAACUUUUAUAUAAGUUUUCAGACUUUUUGUGUAAAUUUUUGUGUAAAGUUUUUCAAAAUGUACAAUCUGUACAAUUUUAAAACUUUUAUAAAAUUUCUUAGAUUUUUUUAUACGAAUUUUAGAUUAUUUCAUAACAUAUAUGAAACAUUAUUCUAAGAAAGUGAACUUAAAGAAGAUGUAUAUUUUUUCAGUACUUCUGAAAACUUUCCAAUUUGUGUGAGAAUUUGGAAAGAAAUUGUAACUAGGAACAUAAACAAAAAAAUAAAAGUUUGAUAGACUGAAAGAUGAAGAACUCUAAAGAAAGUUUCUAAAUUGUCUUAAAUUUUAUUAAUUAAAGACAACAAGAAAGUAGUUCCAGUUUCAAUAUAAUUUGCAGCACUAUGAAGCUAUCGGUUCAAAUCGGUUUAAAUUAAGUGAAGCAGACGAAAAUUUCAUUAACAGUAAAAAGAUUAUCUAUGUAAACUAACGGAUAUGUCGUAAUUAGUCAACGAAUUCGAGGUGAUCGAAUAUGACAACAAUAAUCAUUGAUGUUUAAAGUUAAUGAACCGCCGAUAAAUGUCGCUUUUCAUACGUGAUGCUGUUAUCGCCCAAGCGGGUGCUUUGAAUAACUAUCGAUAAAAUUUUUUAUCAAUCAAAUUUUAUACUCGUUUCGUAAUUAAGUGCAAAUUUUAUAACCGCAAGGAUUGUACGCACGAAAUGAAAAUGUAAAAGGAAGAUGCGCCAAUUAAUUUACAUGAAGGAAAUAUAUUAAAUAUGGCACAAAUGUGGGAGUGAGCAACAUUGUAAUUCUUUUCGUGACAAAAUAAUAAAUUCCUCCUCAGUCUUAAAUUUCAUCAA